AUGGGAAGAAAGGCCAGGAACAAACAGGGAGCUCCACCAACCUAUGACGAGUUCAAAGCUCUGAAGGAGGAUAAGAAGAAGAAAAGCUUCAAGAGUAAACAAUCUUUAGAGGAUUCUAAAACUAGUACCAAGUUGAAGCGGAAGAAUAGCCAAAAUGAAGUGGAUCAUCUGAAGCCUUAUAAGAAAUCCAAUUUUCAAAAGGCUCGAGUUACGGAAGAUGACGAGUUACCCGCAGUAGACUUUGAAGAGUUGGCUUCUGCGAGAAAGUCAUUAUUUGAUGAUUCUGACGAAGAUGUAGAGCCUGGUGAGUUGGAAGAGUUGGAAGAUGAUGAGUUUGAUAUAGAUGGUUUGGAAAAAAGCGGCAGUGAUUUGGACUCGGAUGAGGAAGAUCGAAUAAAACCCAUAUUUUCAGACGAUGAAAAUAACGUUGAUGACGACGACGACGACGACGACGAUGGGGAAGAAGAUUUGGAAGGAUUAAAUGCACGGAAUAUGGAACUCUUUUCUAAACAAUUGGAUGAAGAAAAUGAGCUCGAAGCUGAAGAGGCACAAAAGGAACUUUUGGAGGAAGGCACAGUGCAGCCGAGGGCGAAGGUGUUACCCACUGAAGCAGAAGAAGAAGAGAUUGCAAAGGGACCACCAGAUGUAACAAUGGUAAGAACGAGAAUGUUGGAGAUUGUAAAAGUUUUGGAAAAUUUCAAGUCAUUGGCUGAAGAAGGAAAAUCAAGAGCAGAGUACAUAUCUCGGUUACUCAAAGACAUUUGUGAAUAUUUUGGGUAUUCUGAAUUCUUAGCCGAUAAGUUGUUCAACUUAUUUUCUCCUUCAGAGGCAAUGGAAUUUUUUGAGGCAAACGAAAUAGCAAGACCUAUUACAAUAAGGACAAAUACUCUCAAAACCAGGAGACGCGACUUGGCUCAGAGCUUGGUGAACCGAGGAGUCAAUUUGCAGCCUAUAGGUUCUUGGACUAAAGUUGGACUUCAAAUUUUUGAUUCACAAGUGCCAAUUGGAGCUACACCAGAAUAUUUAGCAGGACACUAUAUUAUACAGGCCGCAUCCUCCUUUUUACCCGUGAUAGCUUUAGAUCCACAAGAGAAUGAACGUAUUUUAGAUAUGGCCGCGGCACCUGGUGGGAAAACCACUUACAUAUCAGCAUUGAUGAAAAACACCGGGUGUAUAUUUGCCAAUGAUGCUAACAAAGCUCGUACCAAAUCUUUGAUAGCAAAUAUCCAUCGUUUAGGCUGUAAAAACACUAUUGUUUGUAACUAUGAUGCAAGAGAGUUUCCAAAAGUGAUUGGAGGUUUUGACAGAAUACUUUUGGACGCUCCUUGCUCGGGGACAGGUGUUAUAGCGAAAGAUGAGAGUGUUAAGAUUAGCAGAACUGAAAAAGACUUUAUACAAAUCCCUCACUUGCAGAAACAGUUGUUGUUGUCUGCCAUUGAUUCUGUUGAUGCAGAUUCCCGUACUGGGGGGGUAAUUGUCUAUUCCACUUGUUCGGUUGCUGUGGAAGAGAAUGAGGCUGUAGUAGACUAUGCAUUGAGAAAAAGACCCAAUGUAAAAUUAGUUGAAACUGGAUUGGCUAUUGGUAAGGAAGGGUUUAUUUCGUAUCGUGGAAAACAUUUUAAUCCUAAAUUGAAUUUGACAAGAAGAUACUAUCCCCAUACAUAUAAUGUUGAUGGUUUUUAUGUUGCCAAAUUCAAGAAAAUUGCAUCCUCACCUCACGACGUUUCCAAGAGCGGAGCUAGAGAGAAAGAAAGUGCUGCAAGGGCAGAAGCUGCUGAAGAGAGUAUUAUUCACGACGAUUUUGCCGAGUUUGAAAAUGAUGAAGAUGAAAAGAUUAUGGAUAAAUCAAAAAGAAUAAGUUUGAAAAAGAAAGGUAUAAAUCCAAAUUCCAAAUAG